GGAAGCUCUGGCGAUGGCGACGCGCCGGCUUGCGCCAGGGAGAAUGCCGUGGCGCGGGUUGUUUGUUUCGAGCAUAUCGACGCAAUGCGGGUCUUCCAGUGAUUUGUUCGAUGUCUCGGCAUUGCUGCGGCUAGGAGGAGCAAAGGCGGCGCUGGAUUAUCUCGAUUCCAGGCAAGGUCGAGAUGGUUUCUUGGAUUCUUCCACGCUCGCGAGGUUGCUGCUGGAUUGUGGAAGAUCCAGCGCUCUCGCGGAGGGCCGGCGCGUCCACGAGUACGUUGUGAGAUCCAGGUUUGUCCGCGACGCGUUCCUUGGCAAUCACCUCGUCCAUAUGUAUCUCAAGUGCCAGAGCUUCGACGAGGCCGAGAGGGUUUUCCAGAGCGCUGCUUGUGAGAGCUUUGAUGUUGCAACGUGGACAGCAGUGAUCGUCGCUAGAGCGGGGCUCGGGAAAUGGAAGUUGGUGUUUGGUCAGCUGGAUGAGAUGGAUCGGAGAGGGAUUCCACCGGACAGGGUCAUGAUCAAGACGUUGCUCACUGCUUGUACCAAGCUCGGUGCUCUGGAAGAAGGGAAACUUAUCCAGGAUCGUCUAGCAGGAACCCAGCUCGAGCUCGAUAUUGGUGUGCGCAACCUCACGAUCAACAUGUACGUGAAGUGUGGUUGCCUAGAUGGAGCAGUGCAAACUUUCGCGAGGAUGAAGCGACGGGAUGUGGUCUCCUGGACUGUGAUGAUCGGAGCUUACUCACAGGAUGGGAAGUUCAGCCUCUCGCUCCAGCUCUUCCGGGAAAUGCUGCUCGAAGGGACUGCUCCAAACAGUGUCACCUUUGUCAGUAUCUUGAGCGGCUGCGAAGCACCAUCUUUACUCGAGCAAGGGAGGCAGAUUCACGCUCUAGUGGUGGAGAGCAGUCUCGAGUCACACGUCGUUGUAGCGAAUUCUCUGCUGGGGAUGUAUAGCAGAUGCCGCAGCUGGGAGGAUUCGAGAAGUUUGUUCGACAGAAUGAGCGUCCGAGACUCGGUUUCAUGGUCGACGAUCAUCAUGGCCUACGAGGAGUUUACCGGAGUUACACGAACUACGGGAAUAUUCCGAGAAUAUUCCAUGGCCUAGCUCUCCUGUUCGCUUCAUCGGUGAUGGCGGGUGAGUAAGAUAUUGAUCUUCAUGAGGAGUAUGGUGUUAGUGAUAAUGGCCAUGAUGAUGUGGAAGAGACUCUUAAUGAUGUCAUUGUGUGUUAGAUUUCUGAGGUUCAGAGCGACGUAACAAGUUCGUGAUUACCAUUGGUA